ACGCGCAGAAUGUAGACUGAUUUUACUGCAGUACGAGUACAUUUACUUCGUUGUUCUGUGGAUGGUAGUUUGGAUCGUGAACGCGCGUCAUCCUCAUCAGUUGAUGUGAUCUAAUGUGAUGAAGUUCCACCCUCCGACACCAGGCGGCGAUGUGCACCGUUUACAUCAAAACACAGCGAAGAAGAAGCUCGUCGUGAAACAUGCUGAAACAUCGUGGCCGGUGCUCGUUGUCAGCCCUCUGUGCUCGUGCCACUGAUUAAGUGUCUCGCCAUGUCGCUGCGCCGAAUAUGGAUGAAGUGAACGUUGUCUUUCUGGCUUUCGGGGGGUGCGUGGACGCCUGCUGCCUGCUGCUCGACCUGCUCAUCAGGACGUUCAGCUGGCUGCUUCACUUCCUGUCCGUCGUGGUCGCUUCCCUCCACAGCGCGCUGGUCAUCCUGAGUGGAUCCACUUUGGUUGAAUACUGGAACUUUGCUCUUUUCUCCUUCCUUAGCACCACCGAGGCCGUCUCCGAUGCUGCCCGCGGCGCCCUGCAGGCGGUGGACGGCUGGCUGCAGACGCUGGGAGGAGUGUUUGAGAGUUUCAAGAUGGUGGGACACCUGUCCUGUCACGUGGCCUGGCGCAUCAGGGAUGUGCUGCACCGCGGGCUUCUUUCAGGGAGCUGCAUCCUGCGUCAGAUAUGCGAAGGCCUCUGCAUCGGGCUCAGUCUCGCUCUCUACUUUGUCAACACGGUGGUCAACAUCGUCCUCAUCAGCACGCAGAACUGUGCGUCUGUGUUGGUGGGCGUGUGGGAGGCGGUGGCCGAGCCCGUCCACAGAGUGCUGGAGCUGGCGUUGACUCUGCUCACCUUCCUGUACAGCUGUCUGGUCGGCGCCUCUGUGCUGCUGUGGACGCCCUGUCAGCUGCUGCUGGACUUCCUGGGUGCGUUGGGCCGUGUCUUCUGCACCGUUGCCGCGGUGGACUCGCACGGCCUGCUCAUCACUGCAGCCGUCGCCUCAUUGGCCUUUCUCCUACUGAACCUCAGGCUUCCUGUCCUCACUAGGUGGCUGAGCCUGCGUUUGGUCAACACUCUGCCGGGAGCUCGUGGCCUACAGGCGGUGCUGGAACAGGAACGAGCUCUGCCCAAUCAGGAGGUCCGCACCAGGACAGGACAGGAAGCGAGUACAGCCAGGCUCCCGCACACGGACGCUGUAACUGCCGAGACCGACCUGCCAUCCGCGGACGGUGCGAGCCGGCCAGACUCUCUGCAGCUGCAGGCUCAGCGGGACGGCGAGUCGGCGAGCAACUACAGGGCCGCGUCCCGGUCGAAGUCCGGUCGGACGGACGGCGGCAGCCCUCCGACUGACGCCAAGCUGCUGAGCCUGCUGAAGUGCGUCAUCUGUCAGGACCUGAGCAAGACGGUGCUGCUGCUGCCCUGCCGUCACCUCUGCCUGUGCCGGAAGUGCGCCGACAUCCUGAGCCGGCGAAGACACGUCCAGCAGCGCUGCUGUCCGCUCUGCCGGCAGCCCAUCACGCAGACCAUGGACGUCUUCCUCUGACGUCGAGUUCAAACUGUGCCAAAUGCUGUUCUUCUACUUUGUUCCACAAGGUUCUAAUUGAAACAGGAAACUCUGAGCUCUGGGCCCCGUUCUGCGUUCUGUUGAAUCUUAAAAUGUGAGUUCAACAGGUUUGUCACGAGCUCUGAAACGCCAAGCAGCCGAGAAGCCGUGACGUGUGGACGCUCGUGUGACGGCUGCUGGACUCGGUGGCUGCUGAUCACCAGCGCCGGACUUAAACGCCUGAAGAUUCGUGCCAAACACGUGUUGUUGUACUUAUUUAAGUUAUUUAUAUUUUUCUUUAAAAUUUCUUUAAAAAAUAUAAAUAAAUAAGACUUGAGUGUCUGCUCUGGA